GCAGGGUGUGGACGUUUCCAGCGCCCUUUGCUUUGUGGCUCAACAAGUUCGUGUGUGGUCAUAUUCCCGGCCUCACCACUUUUUAGCCACACCAUCCGCAACACUCGACACACGCCCACGCUGCUCGUGCAUGGCAUGGUGGACGGCGUGGAGGUGACUAUGGCUAACCUCCUGACCCGCGCCAAGAACCAGACUAUGACGGGCUCCCUCACUAUCACCAAUCCACAAGGUAUUGGAGCGAAGUUUUCGAAGCUCUCGGCCAGGGAUGGCUUGUUCAACGCGCUCAACUUGACUGAUCUCUGGUACAGACAGUUCCACCUGCACAGUCCCAACAGCGUGUCAUCGCCGGUGCACUUCAAGGAGCUGGUAAUCUUCUUGUCUGCCAACUAUGGUGUAAUGGACAUAAAUCUGCUUAAGGCAAUAUCUGGCGAGCUGGAAAGCCUGUACAACCUGAAUCCUCUCCUGCAAGCCAACUUGCAUGCCUACAACUUUAAUCGGCGCAUCAACAGAAUUGUGAAAGGCCGGGUGAUGGAGUACUGGGGAUGGCGCUCUGUACAGAGCUUCAAGGAAGUGACGGAGAGGAUAGUGCCCCUGUGGUUACCCUGGGGGAAGCUCACUGGCACCAGUAACACUGUAACCCUCGCUUCGCACUACCUGGCACUCGUCACCGUGCCUGGCCAUACCAGAAUCCUGAAAUACGAAUCCUUCACUGACCAGUACGAGGAGACAGGUAUAACGCUGGAGGGCAACUGUACCAGCAGUGUGUUGAGCUACACCUCAAAUCACCAAAAGUACGUAGUGACGGGUCACGCCUGCCGCUACGACCCCAGCACACCACCUACGAUACCCCAGGUCGAUACGAACAACUUGCAUAUUCUUCAUGGUGACCAUAACAUGGAGACGUAG